GAAAGAAAUCAGCUGUCUGCGCGUCUCCGUUAGUUUAAAAUGCGUUGAAUUCGAGUGAGGCGGCGUUUCAGACGCCAGAAAAUAAGUUUUUUCGCCGUAGUAAUUAUGUGCAAUGAACCUGUAUCUCUCAUCAUAAUCAAAGACAUCAAAUUUGCACCUGAGCGAUUUUAUGCGGUAUAUUUUUCAGUAUUAACAGCCUCGGGCAAAAGCAGCAACAAAAUACGCGCACUCGACGCAGCUCCUAACAAAGAUUUCGCACCAGGAACGUUCCAUGUAGGAACGAGCUUUGAAGUAAGCUUGGUACCUCAGGGUCUAAUAUUUGCUUCUCGAAAUUGUUUUUAUCUAAUCACAGACGUUUAAGACAAUGUUUAUUACUAUAUAUUACGGUGAUCAGGAGUCACUGUUGUUUAACCCAAGCUGCUCCGUCGUGAAUCUACUGGAGUCGAUUAAAGAAAGAUGCGGUUAUGGAGAUACAGAUCGAGUGUUGGACCUAACAGACGAAACAGGUAUGUAACAGUACAACUUGGUGAAUUGGGAAUAAAAUUCCGUAAAAGCAAAAAAAUGCUUGAAAUGCAAGAGGAAAUAGCAGUUAUGUGUCGAAAUCCUUUCGCUGUUCAUACUAUUGGCAAUAAAUAAAAAAGAAGUGAAAUUUUCUUCGGCACCGAACAAGAAUAAGCAGCCUUUCGUGAAUGACCGAGAAGCUAGGCUUUUCUCACUUCAUGGGCUUUCAUGAAUUCUGCAUAUAAAUGACAAGUUUGCGCCACAAUACAAAGGCCACAAUGUCAGUGAUCGGAGUCUAAGCAACACAAGAGGGGGCCAGUUAUAAAGGCAUUUACAGAAUGAAUAGCCAGAGUACAAUUUAGUGCAAACUUAAUAUCAACAAACUAAAAUAGAAAGAUUCCGCUGCUAAAAAAGCCUUCACUUGAGUGCUCACCCGUCUGGAACUCAUCCAAAAUCUUAAGAUCACACUUUGAAAAGGAAAGGUCAACAAGGACCUCUGUUUUCAAAAUAAUGUUCAAUAACACCAAUUUUGGCCACGGUCCUUUUCUACUAUAUGUCACCUGAGUCUAGCUUGGUCUUCUUAUGAAUAACCGACUACAGUUAGUGCCAUUGCCUCAUCCCGAAGAAAUAAGCCCUGGCCAACGGUCUGAUUUUUUGUAAAAACAUCAAUUGCACAUUAUAAUUACUUUGACGAAGUACGAUAAAAUACGUUAUUACUUGAAUUUAACCACCGGCCAUGUGCAUGUAUUCUAAAAACAAACGCACAAGAAGACCACAAGAAAAGUUUACAUUCCAUGCGCCCACAAGGCCUGGCCCACUGAGGGCUGUAUAUCUCCCUUUGAGUGAAUUUUUAAAUUUUCAAGCCAUAUCCUUAGAGAAAGAAUACAUUUUAAAAAUCGAAAACUGCAAACUAGAAAAGACUAAAACUGACAAGCACUUACAUAUCUCGUAGCACCACUUUAUUUAAAGAAAAGUUAACGCUGUCCAUGCAGGGUGACUUCCUUUAGUUUGGUUGUUGUUUGUUAAUGUUUCAUAAAGAAGCUGAAAUUCUUGUUUGUUAAUGUUCUAUAUAAAGAAGCUCAAAUCAAAUACCAAUCCUAGUCCAGUUAAUUAUCAACGACCUUGCAAAAACUGAAUGGAUUUCAAGGGACUGUAUACACUCAACAGUUUUUUUUUAAAUAAGAAUAUCGAGGCUGAAAUCUGCGAAAUUUUAAGCAUAUUAUAAGAAACCCGAGGCUGAGAUUUUCAAAAAGACAAUUUUAUGUUGAAAAUCUGUUACUAAAAUGCAAUUAUGUUUUUUAACUUAACUGAUAUAAAUAUUCCUUUCUCUUUACGGGAAAACUAGCGUGCAAACUUAAAAAAAACUGCACCAACUAAUUGAGCCAAAUGUUCAAGUGAAUGCUAAUAACAGUUCGAUGAACGGUACAUUGAUGCCCCAAUACAUGCUAAAACGGAAAUGACAUAAGCUUCAAUUUAAGAAUUAAUACACGAAUAUUUUCAGCCUAAAAUCGGUAGAAAAAUAAGAAUACUCAGCCUAGGCCGGAAAAGCAAAAUUCGUAUAAAAAAGAACGAGUGUAAAAGCAAAACACCCGAAGUAAAAACUGAGAUGUAAAGAAGCACGUAAAUACACACAAUUCAGUGUUGUAACAAAACAACUUGAGGACAUUGCUUGUAGAGCAUGAUAGACAGUACCAAAAAAGAUUGCUCUGUAGCUUUUGUUUGAAAGGUCACUCUUUAGGAUUUCAUUUACAGACUCAAAAGUUAGAACCACCUUGUACAGAGUAACAAAAUUACCUCAGUUCAGGAAAGUACUGCUACUAGGGGUCUCCAAAGUGCCAGCCACCUUGCUCACCAUUGAUCAUAUUAUCCCUAGACUAGAGGUAAUCAUUGAUUACGGAUCCGCGUUCGUCACUUACGGAAAAAUUACGGAAACGAAAUGGAGUCGAAAGGAGUCCAGUUUCCCGGCCGAGGUGCCCCUGAUAAAAUUUACAGGGGCGGCUAAUUUGCAGUCGACCGUGAUAGCACGAAAAUUUCUGCCUUAGUGCCACAGGAACACCAGAUAAGGAUGCGUUCUGACGAACGCGAAAAUUGAUCACUAAAGCUGCCCCCGCUGCCUCUGAUGGAUAGCGCUAUCCAACGUUUGAACAAUCAGGGCAAGUGUUACAGGCAAUAUUAAGAGACAAAACUUAGUUGGGAUCUUUGAAGGAUUAAAAGAGUUGUGUCACAAAAGUUAUCAACUUCAACCAUUCAAAACUGGCCAGAAAUUGAGUGAAAUAAGAACAGUAAAGAAACAUUUAACCAAAACAGUAAAUACAAACAAAGUGACUUGUGGAGAAAACUGAAAUGGAAUAAAACAUAUUGUUAUUCAGGCAUUUGAAAACUGUCCAGCCUAACAGUUUUUCAAAGUUUAUCUCUGAUGAUUGUAACUUUUAAAAUUAUAAAGCUGUGAUUUCUGCAUGUCAUUUGGAAGAAAUUUCAAUCUUCUCAAAAGUUAAGUCAUAGCAAAUAACAAGUACAACGAAACAGGAUGGACUAAAAUAAACUGCCGUCACAAAAUUCCUUUAAUGUUACUCCCUGUAUUUCACUUUCGAUGAAAGUAAGCAAUUUUAGACUCUCUUAGAUCAUCAUACUGUUAAGAAUAUCGAAAGUUAACCAACAGGAUUAAAAGUUCAAAGAUUAGUAAGUUUCGUUGAAGCAGAAAAAUUCCAAAACUAACCCAAUCGGACUUGGCAGGGUCGUCAUUCAACACAAGACUCAGUCUCCAAGACCGUGUGCUUUUAUCACCGUUGUGAAUAUGAACUGAUCACAAAUGUUUCUAAAGAAAUCUUAACAGCAGUAAAUUGUUUUCCUGCUGCAGCUCCUGAUACGAAAAUCUUCUGUUGAAAGCAACUUGAGGUCAAAUUACAAGGUUCAAACUUUCUGAGGACGGCCGAAAGUUCUGACUAAAACAAGGAUUACCAAACUACACCAUUGAACACUGUAGAACAAGCCAGAAUAAAACAUUUCGUUCAUCAAGGACCCUGAGUAUUUUUUUCGUGCAUGACAGGUAUCGAAAACGAAAGAAGCAAUUUCAGUCUUCAGAUAUAAAUUUAUCCGUAGCAUGCAGCCGAAAUUAAUAGGCAGUAUUCAAUGUCAUAAGACAGUCAAGAACGCGAGUAAGCAACCUAGUAGGGAAAUGUCCGAAAAAAAAUUCCUACAGUCGGUUGUAUAUGAUGUGUAUGCAUAUGUUCCACAAGGGCAGCAUGACUUGGAUUAACAAAAUCGUUUACAAAACGCGUGAUGUCUACAAACUUGCUUCCUCUUUCAGUUAACUACUUAGACAACCUAACAAGUCUUAACCGCUGGCUACAAAAUGUGGGAAAAAUAGGCUAACAAGUGUGAUCGGGUCUGGUAAUACAGUCAGAAUGAAUUACUUUAGCAAUAACACAGUACAACUCACCUGUGCAACGUUUGUUGUCUUGAAGGUCAAUGUUACCUCGUGGUCAACAGAAACUUUUAUUUGAAGAACGCGGCCAAUACCAUACAUAAUGACGUAAUACACACUUAAUGCCAGGUCCCGAGAUAUUUAGUUUGUUUCGUUUUUCCGCGAGUCUUGAUGUUUCCUGAGACCAACGCGAUGGAAAGCAAACCUGCUUUCCGGGGGACUUGGUUUCAAAUACUCUUAUGCAAAGCCUAUAGCAGCAUUUUAAAAACCAAACAAUCGACAUCUUUUGACACAAAAUAUCUAUCCCGAACGAGCAACCCUUACUUGAUUAUGACCCUUGGAUAAAGUCACGUGGUCACUGAUCAGCCAAUGAUGGUCGCAGUUGUAUCUAAGAAACUGCUUGCAGUGAAAUAACACAAUCUGCAUCUUAUUUAUGCGGUAACUUUUAGGACGCUUCCUUUGGCUUUGGCCUCUGGGUCGGAACCAUGAAGACGCAAAGAAAUUUCUGCUGUGUGGUUUAUGUUAGAACUUCUGAUAUAAAAUUGUCGCCACCUUUAUAAAACUUGCGGUUUAUUCGAUGCUUUCUUGACCAAAACGAUAGUAGCAGCCAGCCUGACCCAAAAAUAGAAAGCGACAAUGAAUGAUGUUGUGGUCAAGUCUUCAAAAGUAACCUGAGAUCAGGCUCAAUUUUCGUUUCCCUUUGUAAUAACAUUCCGGCGGGCAAGGCGAAAAGAAAACAGAGCCUGACACAAACCUUCUACGAAACGUCUUCCGCCCACUUUUUUGAUUGAUUGACAUUUGCCAAAUCAGCCAACCAAAAUUACUUCCGUUGCUUGUUUUUCUAGUAUACAAUUUUUCAUGCCUGGGAAAAAUGUAGACCGGUUGACUUGAAAAAUAGCUUUUAUCUUUUAAUUUUUUCAGCUAAAAAUAAAACAGUCAGCACAAUCACAUUUAACUUCUUGCGAAAUUAAAGGAGAUCUCGAAGGUUAUUUCUGUCGGCGUAGAAGGUAAAAAGUUUUCGAAAAGACGGCGACACGAUGUUCUACUAGUUUUGUUAUUUUGGCUAGGCGCGCUCGAAUUUAAAAUACUGAAAUUUCUACUUUUUGAAAGGAUAUAUAAAUUAUUUCAUGAUUUAGUCCCGUGCGUACACUUGCAAUAAUAUUUGCGAAUUUACUAGAAAAACAAACGUCUAAAAAAUAUAUAUAUUAAAAAAAUCCAGGUAAAUAUUAUCUGCCACUAACUGCAUGCUCAACUGACCUAUAAACAAAAGGAAAAACAAUAUAAACACACUUUGUAGUUCUCCUUAGUUAUCUUGUUGUUUUACUGCAGGUCUAAAACUGGCUCGCUAAAUUUAUUAAUCGAAAUUAACAAACAGCAAACAGCCAACGAGCGAGAACACUAGUUUUCCUGGUUUAUUUUUUACAAAAAGCGAAGGCGAACAACAAGUCUGUUACUUAAGACAUGCGCCACUAGCUUUUAUAAUGAUGCCUACAAAAAUUCCUUGAACAGCGAUGCGAUAUUUUUGGUCUAAUACUUCACAGUUGGCGAUUGAGGUUUCUUUCGCAGUGAGCCUCAGCUUGUGUACCCCGUUCAGAGAAGUCAUUCCCGGCUAAACUUUCAAAUGAAACCAGUUUUAAGAUGGACAAUAUUUUGAUUUGCACCCGUUUGUUGGUAAAUCAAAAGGCACCUUGUUAGCGGUCAACAACUUGCAGAGGGAUUCAACUCCGCCAUACACUCACAUCCGUAAAUAAAACAAAUCCUGAGAAGAUAUGAACAACCAUAUGAAUUUUCUGAAUUUCCAUGGCACAUAUUAAGGCAUAUUCUCUUACCAUAAGACCAUAAAACAAUAAAAAAGACAGCAAAAUUGAUCCUCCUCUCCGCCGUUGGCGGAUCAUUCACGAAAACAACCACGCGAGGAAUAAGCGCUUUCAACUUCCGGCGUUUCCGACAGCCAAUCAGAUCUUGUGGCAUUGUUUUAACAGGCAAUCAGCGUUAAGGCCGAAAUCUGGCGGUAACGAGCACAAACGUAAGAGAGUUUGUAUCAGGCGCAAUUUUAGCGGUAGCGUUUAGAGAGAGUGUAUGAGAACCGAUAAAAUUGGGCCUGAUCUCAGGUUACUUCAAAAGUAAAGGCAAAUGCAAGGAGACUAGCAGCAAAACAAAUCGAUGUCACUCGAUGAGGACAAACUAAGAUGUUCCUCUCACUAAGGUGGUUAUCUUUGUCUACGUAUUACAUAAUUCCAUUUCUCCAUUUUAUUAGGUCUCGUCUUGGAGCUUUCUAGCCACAAAUACGAGAAUGCCACCAAGUACCUGUCCUCUAAAGGAUUCUAUGUUCUGGUUGAAAAGCUGACAACUGAGUUGCCUUCGAAUGACCCCAAUGAAACGGGGCUCUCGCAGGAGGUCAAAUAUGUGCCACUAUUAAACAAGCCCAGCGACAAAUUUAAGGGGUACAAAGCGCGAGUGUCCGAAAGGAGACUGAGUCCAGAGCGGUCCUCGAGCAGAAGUACGGGCAAAGUAGGCAAAAGGACUGGAAAAACAAAAUUAAAUAAGAGGGCAGAUAAUACUUUGGCUGUUUAACAGACGCAGGAGGAGGAGAGCGGUCAAUGUCGAAUAGAAUGCGAGCAGAACAGAAAAACGACUGCAAGUUAUGAUAAAGACUUUCAAUUAUUCUUUGUAAUGGUUGCGAAAAAGUUAAAGGGAGUACAGUCAGGAAGUCAGUACAAUAUAACUACACUGUUUCAAAACCACGCGUUCUUCCUUAAAGACGCAUGAAAAGAUUUCAUACCACCACAG